CCGCGCGCGUAUCUUAGCGGCUGUGGCUGCGCGGGGCGGCGCUAUGCCCCGGGAGGGGAGCGGGGAAGUUUCCUUCAAGCCUUUCUGAGCCGGGUCCACGGGCUCGUCCGACACUCAGCCUCUCGCAAGCGUUUUCCGCCGCCCGGUGGGAAACGGUGCUCCUCGGGCUCUCCGGCAGCGCCCUUUGUUCGAGAGAAGCCGUCGGUGAUGUUGCUCCUUCCGCUGCUUCUGUUCUGGCCCCGGAGUUUGGGAACUGCGACUGCCGGGCAAAGCCACCUAGAGCGGAAUGGAGGAGACUCCGCAGCCAGCGGCGGCUCGGGACUGCCUACAGUUGAAGUGAAUUUGCUGGACAUACUGGCCUCCCACAACACAGACUUUGGCAAUUUUUCACAUGGCUAUGAUGAUGCUAACUGCAGCAUCUUGGAGGUUGGACAGUAUGCAACGCUGAGCAUCCCUUCUGUAGAAGCCUUUGGGGAGAACUUUGCAGAUGAGCUGAGUCUGUUGCUGAUGCUCAGGUACUCUUUGAAGGAGAACACCAGUCUCUUGACUAUCAUCGGUCUUCGCAGCAACAUCCUCUUUCAGAUCAGGAUUACCCCUCACACCUUGGUAUUUGUUGCCAGAAGGGGGCACCAUUAUGAGUUCCCAGUUUCCUCCCUGUCAGAUGGACACUGGCACAGAGUGGCCCUUAGCAUCUCCUUGAACAGGUUGGCUCUGUAUGUGGACUGCUGCCUGCUGGAGAGCGUUGCCUGGUCUGGUUACUUUGGCAUGGGGGUGGCCACGGAGGGCCUGGUGGUUAUUGGAGGUCUCAUCGAGCCCUUUGAGGUCCCUUUCGAGGGUGCGCUGGGACAGCUGAGCUUCUGGAUGGGAGAUGCUGGAGUUGCAGAUCGAUCCUGUCAAGCCUCUUACAGCACCUGCGGAAGCCUCCUGGACAAAGGAGCUCACCAUGACAGAUCCCACUUCUGGGAGAAGUUUCCCCAAGCUUGGACUCAGGUGCCAAAUGUAACCAAUGAGGUUCACCGAUCCUACACAAAGGGCUCAGAGCUUGCUGAUUCAGAUGUGGCUUUGAAGUCUCCUAUGGUUGAACAAAGAGAUCUUCAGAAGAACCCCAGUACAUUCCCCAGUAGAAGCCCUACAGCUUCAGACAUGGCUUCCAAAAGACCAAAGGAGGAUGGAGAAGAGGAGGGGAUUCUCACUUUCAGAGAAGAGCCCCCAAGCACCACUUACAUGAAAAUGACUAGAUCUAGAAUGCUUGGCUCAGAGAAGAAAGGAAAUACUGAGGGCUCCAUUGCCAACAGUAACUCAUGGCCCUCUUCUGAGCUCCAGGAUCUUCAUGUGAUUAGUGACAAUGGUAUCCCUUUUCGAAGCCCUUCCAAAGAAAGUCAACUGGGUAUCAAGAAAGUGGAUAUCACAAGAGCCCUGGAUAAGAACACUAAAGGAAAGCCGAAGGGGGAGCAGUUCCCAACCACCAUCAUAGACCUUGACAGCCCUCUCACCCUCUUGAAAAUCCCUGAGGAUGGGAAUGAAUUGCCUGAAAACAAACCUAGAGCCUUUCUUCCUAACUCCAGUAGUUUCCGUAGCACCCGCUGGUGCCACAAAAUCACUGAAGACUCCCUCUGGCAUUGUCAAGGGACAUGCCCAUAG